CGGCCGGGACUCCAUCGGCGACCAACACCUGCGACUUCAUUUCUUCACGAGCGACCUGCAGCCCGCUACGCAUGUGUCGCAUUACUGACCAGUGGGAACGGUGUCCUUGACCGCGAACUUGUCCUGAACGGUGCGCGUCUUCUAUAAAGCCGCACCCGACAAAACCACACGACGAAAUGGCUGCCGUGGUCAGCAGUGUCCCGCCUGCUGCGACACUGCCAUCAUCGCCAUACCCCUAUGCGUUUGCGCCCGACAUCAUCCGCUCCCACCAAAAGGAUGCAUACUUCCAGGGUGUUCUCACAACCCAACUGGCCGACCUGCAUCGGCAUCUAUUGGGAGCGCGAUCGGCGCAUGCCUGGACCGCCGAGUCCAAGACCAUUGCCGACCUGCUAUACCUAUGUCUCACCACGCUCAUCGGAAACCGCACACUAGGCGAGGAAUACUGCAACGUGGUACAGGUUGAAGGGGAUAGCGGCGCAUUACCCACGCUCUCGAAAAGGGCCGCAUACAUAUCAAGCAGCAUAUUGCUGCCGUACACAUUGUCGCGCAUCCUGCCGAGACUGAGGGCCAAGAUCAGGCUGCGGCUGGAACGGAACCUGGCCAGGUUGCGGAUGCAAGGAGAAAAGAAGCUGAACUCGUGGAACUUCAAGAUCCAGUCCUACAUCCAUACCCACUUGUCGGCCAUCACAAGUCCGUCGCCGCUAUAUGCCUUGAGCCUCGCGCUGUUCUAUUUCAGCGGAUCAUAUUACGAGAUCGCAAAGCGCAUGACCGGCCUGCGCUACAUUUUUACGCACAAGAUAGACGAAAACACGGAUCGCGUCGGAUACGAGGUUUUGGGUGUGCUUCUCGUCCUCCAGUUUGCCGUACAAGGGUAUUUACAUCUCAAGUCGACACUUUCGAGUGCGGAAAGCGAGCAGCAGGGACGCGAGCGGUUGAGCUACUCAGGCCCGGACGUCUCCUUGAACGAGCACGCCUACAGCAGUAAUAAUGCCCUGCUGGCCUCGGCGGCAGCAGGCAAGGCCCAGACGCACCUCGACCUCGCCACCGCGACACAUACGCCGAUACUGGGCCAACCAAGGUAUGACCUGGCGGAUGAGAAGACCAUGGGCUGGAUCAAAGGCGCCCAGCAACGGAAAUGUACGUUGUGCUUAGAGGAGCUCAAAGACCCGUCAGCUACACAGUGUGGCCAUGUGUUUUGCUGGGAGUGUAUAGGUGAUUGGGUGAGGGAGAAACCAGAGUGCCCACUCUGUAGACGAGAAUGCUUAGUACAGCACAUAUUACCGCUGAGAGCCAUAUAACAGAGCAGAGAAUUAUCAUGAUGAGACGUUACUACUACUCUGUAUUUGAUCACUUAUUUCAUGGCACCGUGAUCCUUCGCUUUGCGUUUCGUCUCGGCAACAACGUUGAUUAUUCUCCAAGGUUCCUCCUUUCCUGAUUCCUCCUCCCAUCGUGUCAUAUGGUAACCUUGCUGGCCGUUCUUGACAGUACUCCCCGCUAUGUGAGUAGAUGCCAACGCGCUACUAGCAUGACCUCUUGCCGCCGUGACAUGACCUGCAGCUUUCUGGUACUUUGACGAAUCGGUAUCAGUAAACAAUUUCGACCAAUGUUAUUUCGAGUUUGACUGACC